CUGAAGUCAGUAUGAAAGCUUCACGUGCCCCGCUUCAUUCUCCGGCUCUCUACAGCAAAAUGGCGACUGUUGAUUUCGACUCGUCCGUAGAUCCAGAGAUGGACUUAACCAGCGACGAGGAGUUAGAGAGGGAAGCUGAAGGCUUUAAAGAGCAGGGAAAUGCCUAUUACGUCAAUAAGGACUAUGCUGAAGCAUUCAACUUUUACACCAAGGCCAUCGACCUGUGCCCAAAAAAUGCCAGUUACUAUGGCAACCGUGCAGCCACGCUGAUGAUGCUGAGCCGGUACAGAGAGGCAUUGGAGGACUCUCAGCAGGCUGUUCGACUAGACGACACCUUCAUGAAGGGUCACAUGCGUGAGGGCAAGUGCCACCUGUUGCUUGGCAAUGCAAUGGCUGCUAGCCGCUGCUUCCAGAAGAUUCUAGAGAUUGAACCUGACAACAGCCAGGCCCAACAGGAGCUGAAGACUGCAGAGUCUAUCCUGGAGUACGAGCGCAUGGCUGAGAUCAGCUUUGAGAAACGAGACUUUAGAAUGGUGCUGUUCUGUAUGGAUCGGGCACUAGAGUCUGCGUCUGCAGGUCACAGGUUCAAGGUGCUGAAGGCAGAAUGUCUGGCACUGCUAGGACGCUACCCAGAGGCCCAGUCUGUUGCCAGUGACAUUUUGCGGAUGGACUCAACAAACGGCGAUGCCCUGUAUGUGCGGGGAUUAUGUCUGUACUAUGAAGACUGUAUUGAUAAGGCUGUCCAAUUCUUCAUUCAAGCACUACGGAUGGCACCCGACCAUGAGAAGGCCCGUCUGGCCUGUAGAAAUGCUAAAGCCCUGAAGGCUAAGAAAGACGAAGGGAACAAAGCAUUUAAAGAAGGUAGCUACGAGGAAGCUUAUGACCUCUACUCUGAGGCACUGACCAUCGACCCAAACAACAUCAAAACCAACGCCAAGCUCUACUGCAACAGAGCCACAGUUGGAUCUAAGCUAAACAAACUGGAGCAGGCCGUCGAGGACUGCACAAAGGCUAUUAAACUGGAUGAGUCCUAUAUUAAGGCUUAUUUAAGAAGAGCGCAGUGUUACAUGGACAAACAGCAGUAUGAAGAGGCCGUCAGAGACUAUGAGAAGGUCUAUCAAACAGAGAAGACUAAAGAACACAAGAACCUGUUGAAGAACGCUCAGUUAGAGCUAAAGAAGAGCAAGAGGAAAGAUUAUUACAAAGUUCUGGGAGUGGAUAAAAAUGCUACUGAAGAUGAAAUCAAGAAGGCCUACCGCAAACGAGCACUAAUGCACCAUCCAGAUCGACACAGUGGAGCGAGUGCUGAGGUGCAGAAGGAGGAAGAGAAAAAGUUUAAGGAGGUGGGCGAGGCCUUCACUGUGCUCUCUGACCCCAAGAAGAAGUCUCGCUAUGACAGCGGCCAUGAUCUGGAGGAUGAUGACAUGAAUAUGGACUUUGAUGCCAACAACAUCUUCAAAGCAUUCUUUGGGGCUCCUGGUGGGUUCAGUUUCGAAGGUAAUUCAUCAUCUGGACCUGGAAAUUUCUUUUUCCAGUUUGGUUAACUUGGCUUCCAGCAUGUAUGCAGUAGUAUCACCACCUCUGAAUUCCCCUGAACCGGACUGCCCACCCCCCAUUCCCUGCCCUCUGUACUACACUCUGGUGUAACGGGCCUUUGGCCCCACAGUUGGACCUGCAUCUGUGCCAUUGACUUGUUUUACUGCAUUUGCACAAAGACAACAACGGCAGGGGCGUGACCAUUCUGUACCAGACAAACAUGAUCCAUUGCACAGCUCUCUCUGAUGGUGUCCUAUUUGGUCCUUUGUAAUACAGCUCUAUUUUUAGUUUUGUUUUUUGUUUUUAAAUCAUCCAAGUGCAUCACCGUUUUACAUUCAGUGUUUUCAAGAAAAUUAAGAAUUCAAUAUUUUGGGGAAUUUUUCAGUUAUCAAAGACCUCAACCACAAAGUGAGAUGAUGUUUUUGCUAGAUGAGGGUAUCUCACUCAGAAUGUUUUAAGAAGGUGCUACAUGCCUUUGGCAAAUCCACAGUUUCUCCCUGACACUGAAUAGGAGUACUUAAAGGGAUAGUUUGCCCAAAAUGAUCAUUUACUCACCCUCAUGUCAUUCCAAACCUGUAUGAUUUUCUUUAAUGGAACACAAAUUAUGUUAAGCGCUAUACUGGUCUCAGUCACCAUUUCCCUUUACUGCAUCUUCUGUACAAUGAAAGUGAAUGGUGACUGAUAAUAACAUGGUGCUGAACAUCUUUUGUGUUCCACUGAAGAAAUGAAGUCAUAUGGGUUUGGAAAGACAUGAGGGUGAUUGAAUAAUGACAGAAAAUUCAUCUCUAGUACUCCAAUCUCAUUUCCCAUCAUCCCAUGCACAGCCCCCACAAGCAUAUUUAACUGACCACAAACUGGUCCAAAUCAUCUAUAUCUAAAGCACAUCAGUGAAAAAACAUGGAGUAAUGCAGGAAUUCAUUACUGCUAGUGACAGAUUGUUUAAACAUGUACAAAGUCAUAAUUCCAUAGAUGAUAUUUAUGCAACAUUGCAAACAAUUGCUAUGUGAAUGCAGCACCUCAUGCCAAAUCUCCUAAGAAAUUAAUAAUGCUGGUCAGGUGUUCUCUUUCAUUGAUUCGGGCAUACAAAUACGGAUUGUUAGACUACUGCAUACAGAGAACAAGUGAGUGAGUUGGAGUUUUGCUGUUUGAGCACCUGUUGGCCACACCCCUCUCUGUAAGGUUCAUUUGUCAAUGUUGCCAUUCAAACCCUCGCUGCAUUGUACAUUUUACUGGAAUGUAAAGUGUUUCUUUUGUGUUGAUAGUUUAUGACCGUUUAAUUUUUUUAACUAUGGAAUACACACUUUUUUGAUAUGUAUAUUUAUUGUAAAUUCGCUGGAUGUGAGCUUUUGACGGAUGGAUAGUCUUUAGAUACACUGGCAUCUCAACUCCUACUGGUUAAACCCAGGGAGAGAUGUAUAUUUGGAUGGCACUAAUUUGUCCAUUUCAGAAAUGAAUCUUUUAGAGACAUGUUUUGGAUAUCAGAUGAGCCACAUUUUGUAUGUUAUGGAUCUAAGUUGAGGGCAUGAUCGGUAAACCACGAUUGGUUAUCUGGAUCAUUUUCAAUAAAGUCUUUAAUUGA